ACGGAGUCUCACUCUGUCACCCAGGCUGGAGUUCAGUGGCGGGAUCUCGGCUCACUGCAACCUCCGCCUCCCGGGUUCAAGCGACUCUCGUGCCUCAGCCUCCCAAGUAGCUGGGACUACAGGCGCCCGCGACCACGCCUGGCUAAUUUUUCACUUUUUUUUUUUGUAAUAGAGACGAGGUUUCGCUAUUUUGCUCAGGUUGCUCUAUAACAGAUACUAUGCUAUCCUAACAAUAUGUUUCUAAAUGAUAUUAGUGCCAAAACCAGGAUUACCCAGUGAUUUUGUUAAUACAGGCUUAUUGAAUCGGAGGGUCUGGGGUGGGGAAUUUGCUUUAAGUAUGCAGUCCCCAUACUCGGUGAUUCUCAUGAAGCCAAACAUUUGGGCGCCCCUCACCUAAUGUCACCAAGAACCAGAAGACAAAUUAGAAUUUUCGUGGGCUUCCUGCCCCAUGGUUCCCUCUGUUCCCAAAGGGUUUCUGCAGUUUCACGGAGCUUUUCACAUUCCACUCGGUUUUUUUUUUUUGAGACUCGCUCUGUCGCCCAGGCUGGAAUGCAGUGGCGCGAUCUCGGCUCACUGCAAGCUCCGCCUCCCGGGUUCACGCCAUUCUGCUUCAGCCUCCCAAGUAGCUGGGAUUAUAGGCGCCCGCCACCACGCCCGGCUAAUGGCUAAUUUUUUGUAUUUUUUUUUUUUUUAGUAGAGAUGGGGGGGCGGUUUCACCGUGUUAGCCUGGAUGGUCUCGAUCUCCUGACCUUGUGAUCCGCCCGCCUCGGCCUCCCAAAGUGCUGGGAUUAUAGGCGUGAGCCACCGCGCCCGGCCCGGUUUUUUGUUUGUUUGUUUUUUUUUCCAAAAAUGGGCGGAGGAGAGUAGUCUGAAUUGGGUUAUGAGGUCCCCUGCGGGGUACCUCACCUCAGCCAUUGAACUCACUUCGCUGGCCGUGAGUCUGUUCCAAGCUCCGGCAAAGGAGGCAUCCGCCGGGCCCCUCCCCGAAGGGCGGGGUCCACGGCAUCUCCUGCCCAGUCUGACCUCGCGUGGAGCCCCGUUCUCUGGGAACUCACCUCCCCGAAGCUCAGGGAGAGCCCUGUUAGGGCCGCCUUUGGCCCUAGUCUCAGACCUUCCCAAGGGACAUGGGAGUGGAGUGACAGGACGCACUCAGCUCGUGGCCCCACUGAUGAGCUUCCCUCCGCCCUAUGGGAAAGGGUGGUGCCACACAGAACUUAUAAGACUCCCAUAUGCAAAGACAUUUCACGUUUAUGGUGAUUUCCCAGAACACAUAGCGACAUGCAAAUAUUGCAGGGCGCCACUCCCCUGUCCCUCACUGCCAUCUUCCUGCCAGGGCGCACGCGCGCUGGGUGUUCCCGCCUAGUGACACUGGGCCCGCGAUUCCUUGGAGCGGGUUGAUGACGUCAGCGUUCGAAUUCCAUGGCGGCGCGGCGGCGACGGAGCACCGGCGGCGGCAGGGCGAGAGCAUUAAAUGAAAGCAAAAGAGUUAAUAAUGGCAACACGGCUCCAGAAGACUCUUCCCCUGCCAAGAAAACUCGCAGAUGCCAGAGACAGGAGUCGAAAAAGAUGCCUGUGGCUGGAGGAAAAGCUAAUAAGGACAGGACAGAAGACAAGCAAGAUGAAUCUGUGAAGGCCUUACUGUUAAAGGGCAAAGCUCCUGUGGACCCAGAGUGUACAGCCAAGGUGGGGAAGGCUCAUGUGUAUUGUGAAGGAAAUGAUGUCUAUGAUGUCAUGCUAAAUCAGACCAAUCUCCAGUUCAACAACAACAAGUACUAUCUGAUUCAGCUAUUAGAAGAUGAUGCCCAGAGGAACUUCAGUGUUUGGAUGAGAUGGGGCCGAGUUGGGAAAAUGGGACAGCACAGCCUGGUGGCUUGUUCAGGCAAUCUCAACAAGGCCAAGGAAAUCUUUCAGAAGAAAUUCCUUGACAAAACGAAAAACAAUUGGGAAGAUCGAGAAAAGUUUGAGAAGGUGCCUGGAAAAUAUGAUAUGCUACAGAUGGACUAUGCCACCAAUACUCAGGAUGAAGAGGAAACAAAGAAAGAGGAAUCUCUUAAAUCUCCCUUGAAGCCAGAGUCACAGCUAGAUCUUCGGGUACAGGAGUUAAUAAAGUUGAUCUGUAAUGUUCAGGCCAUGGAAGAAAUGAUGAUGGAAAUGAAGUAUAAUACCAAGAAAGCCCCACUUGGGAAGCUGACAGUGGCACAAAUCAAGGCAGGUUACCAGUCUCUUAAGAAGAUUGAGGAUUGUAUUCGGGCUGGCCAGCACGGACGAGCUCUCAUGGAAGCAUGCAAUGAAUUCUACACCAGGAUUCCGCAUGACUUUGGACUCCGUACUCCUCCACUAAUCCGGACACAGAAGGAACUGUCAGAAAAAAUACAAUUACUAGAGGCUUUGGGAGACAUUGAAAUUGCUAUUAAGCUGGUGAAAACAGAGCUACAAAGCCCAGAACACCCAUUGGACCAACACUAUAGAAACCUACAUUGUGCCUUGCGCCCUCUUGACCAUGAAAGUUAUGAGUUCAAAGUGAUUUCCCAGUACCUACAAUCUACCCAUGCUCCCACACACAGCGACUAUACCAUGACCUUGCUGGAUUUGUUUGAAGUGGAGAAGGAUGGUGAGAAAGAAGCCUUCAGAGAGGACCUUCAUAACAGGAUGCUUCUAUGGCAUGGUUCCAGGAUGAGUAACUGGGUGGGAAUCUUGAGCCAUGGGCUUCGAAUUGCCCCACCUGAAGCUCCCAUCACAGGUUACAUGUUUGGGAAAGGAAUCUACUUUGCUGACAUGUCUUCCAAGAGUGCCAAUUACUGCUUUGCCUCUCGCCUAAAGAAUACAGGACUGCUGCUCUUAUCAGAGGUAGCUCUAGGUCAGUGUAAUGAACUACUAGAGGCUAAUCCUAAGGCCGAAGGAUUGCUUCAAGGUAAACAUAGCACCAAGGGGCUGGGCAAGAUGGCUCCCAGUUCUGCCCACUUCGUCACCCUGAAUGGGAGUACAGUGCCAUUAGGACCAGCAAGUGACACAGGAAUUCUGAAUCCAGAUGGUUAUACCCUCAACUACAAUGAAUAUAUUGUCUAUAACCCCAACCAGGUCCGUAUGCGGUACCUUUUAAAGGUUCAGUUUAAUUUCCUUCAGCUGUGGUGAAUGUUGAUAUUAAAUAAACCAGAGAUCUGAUCUUCAAGCAAGAAAAUAAGCAGUGUUGUACUUGUGAAUUUUGUGAUAUUUUAUGUAAUAAAAACUGUACAGGUCUA